UUUUUUGCUGCACAAGACAAAUUAACAUUUUGGUCUACAGAUUUGAUGACAAUUGUUGAUAUACUAACAAUGCCUACAAUAUUUUUUCAGACUGUGUUUAAUAAUCAGUAUUGGCUAGGAUUGCGCUUCUUGCGUCUCACUUAUUUGUUGAAGCUGGGUGAUAUUUUACAGAUUCUCAAUGUUUUCAAAACUGGGUCGUCUUUUGAAAUGAUUGGACUGGUUGGUACAUUUCUUACUGUUUGGCUGACAUCUGCAGGAGUAGUACAUUUGAUUGAAAAUACUGGUGAUCCAUGGAGUCCAAUUUCUUACCAAAACAAUGUUACUCUAAACUAUUUUAAAUGCACCUAUUUUUUACUGGUUACUAUGUCUACAGUUGGUUAUGGUGAUAUCUCAUGUAAUACAUACCUUGGAAAGAUAUUUACUAUGAUGUUUAUUGGUGUUGGGCUGGGUUUGUUUGCAUCAUACCUGCCAGCUAUUUCAAACUAUUUUGCUUCUAAUACUAAGUACAAUAAAGAGUUUAUACCAGUACCAGGAAAAAAGUUUGUAAUUGUUUGUGGCUACAUCACUCAUGAAAGUGUUUCUUCAUUUUUACGAGAUUUUCUUCAUUUAGACAGAAAUGACAACAAUACUAUGGUAGUAUUUUUAUCACCAUCACAUCCUGAUGUAAAUAUUCAAACAUCACUUAAGAAAUAUGAAUCACGAACAUGUUAUUUUAUCGGUACUAUUUAUUCUUCUAUAGAUGCUGACAGAAUGCAGAUAAGCAAAGCUGAUGCUGUGAUAAUAUUAUGCAAUAAAAAGUGUGCUAAUCCGGAUGAAGAAGAUGCAGCCAAUAUAACAAGAGUUAUUGCUGUUAAAAAUUAUCAGGAACGUGUGCGUUGUAUUGUUCAAUUAAUAAUGAAUAAUAAUAAAGUGCAUUUAAUGAAUUGUCCUCAAUGGAAAAAAGAGUAUGGAGAUGCAAUCAUUUGCAUUAAUGAGUUAAAGCUUGGUUUUAUGGCACAAUCUUGCAAUGCACCAGGUUUUUCAACGUUGGUUGGAAAUUUAUUUGGAAUGCGAAGUAAUAUGGUUUCAGAAGAUAUUCCAGAAAAUGAGCAAUGGAAAAUAGCUUAUAUGUUAGGCGCUUGCAAUGAAAUAUACUGCAGUUAUCUUUCUAAUUCAUUUGUUGGUAUGACUUUUCCUCAGGCUGUUGAGCUGUGUUUUGAAAAAUUGAAGUUGCUGCUGAUUGCAAUUGAAUUAAAGACAAAAAAUGGAAAAGAAUUUGUAAUAAAUCCCAUGGAUAAAAAUUUAAAACUGAAUAGAAAUACGCGUGGUUUCUUUUUGGCUCAAAAUAACCGAGAUACAGAAAGAGCACUUCGAUAUUGUUCAUUAUGUCACAAAGAUCUUAUUGAUCCUGACAAAAUGGUCAAAUGUAAAUGUAGAAAAAAUAGAGUAAAUGUACAGCCUUCAGAUACAAGAGUUGAGAUUGAUCCGCUGUAUUUACUUGAAGUAACUCCUGAAGAUGAAAAGAAGGGUGCACAAGCUUUAACAGAUGAUUUUUUUUCUAAUGGAAACAGACCAAAAUUUGAUCAAACUGGAACAUUUUAUUGGUGUGAAAGUCGACCAUUUUCUGCAGCCAAAAUGACAUUAGAGGAGGCAGCAUCUGAGAAGUUUUACAACCAUGUAGUUGUCUUGGUCUUAUCAACAAAGUAUUCUCCAUCAUUAGAGCUUCAUCGACUUGUACUACCUUUGCGUGCAAGCAACAUAAUACCAACAAUGCUUAAAAAGAUUGUCAUACUAGGAGAUGGUGAAUUUUUACACAGAGAGUGGUUGAAUUUAGAGAACUUUCCAGAUGUUCAUAUUGUUGCUGGUUCACCAUUUAACCGACAAGAUCUUCGAACUAUUAAUAUUCAUACAGCAGAUAUGUGUAUUUUAUUGUCUCCAGGAAGCACUGACAAAUAUGACAUGGAACACGAGGCACUCUCAGAUAGAAAAGUUAUCUCACUCACUCUUAAUUUAAAAGCUAUGCAGUUUGAAACAUAUAAAGGCUAUGAGAAAAGACAGGCCUCGUUAGGGUUCAUUGGAGAUGAUUCUAAUACUUUAUCCGGAAGUACAAUGACCUUUACAGAAAUAAACCCUGAUGAGAGUUCUAUUUCAGCAAAACCUGUUAAAGAGACCAACAGUUUAAAACUCAUCACGGAGCUUAUUUACAAUACAAACGCGAUGUUUUUGGAUCAAGAUGAUAUGAAUAUUUACGAUGAUGAACAUUUUUACUUAACUCAACCUUAUGCAUGUGGUUCAAUAUUUACAGUUUCUGUACUUGACUCAUUGGUUAGUGCGACAUACUUUAAUGGCGAUAUUUUGACUAUUGUUCAAAAUCUUGUAACAGGAAGUGUCAGCUCGGAACUUGAUGAACUCAUGGCAGAAGGAAUAAGUCCAUCUGGAUCGUGGGAAACCUUAGAAAUUGCUGCUGUUAGAAAUAGGUGUCGCAUAGCACAAGUUGAUCUUUGUGACGGUCCACUUGCUGAAUACGGGCAAUGUGGAACGUUUGGCGAUUUGUUUCUAUACGCUUUGCGCACUUAUAACAUAAUAUGCUUGGGUUUAUUCCGGCUACGUGAUAUACAUCGACUGCGAACGAAGAGUACAAAAAGAUAUGUUAUUACGUUUCCUGAUUUUAAUUUUAUGCUUGCACCAACUGAUCGCGUGUUUGUUUUAAUGCAGUUCCACGCUUUGAAAAAAAAGAGAAAAAGUACUUUCGCUAAAGAUUCUUCUUUUUUUUAAAUAACUUGUCCGAAAUAUAAAUAUUUUGUAUCUAUAAAUAUGUUUUUAAAUAUGUCAUAUUGGCAAAUCUUUUCUUCUAAGUUA